UUAAAGAGCAUGAUGAGGAAAAGCGAUUGAAGUAUGCAAGUGAAGAUCUAAUUAAACUGAUUGGUCUUCUGGAUGAAAAGCUGUAUGCAUUUUUAGAGCAGCAUGGUACAGACUAGAAGUUAAAUUUAAACGGGAGUAUUCCUGCAUCCUUCAAAAUAAUAGCUUUUGUCAGCAGCAUGAUCUGGCAAAAGCCCAUUUGGACUUACGGGAUCGAACUCUGGGGCUGCGCUAGCAAGUCAAACCUUUCAAUCAUUCAACGAGCUCAAUCAAAAAUCCUUAGAAGCAUUGCAGAUGCGCCUUGGUAUGUCUCAAAUGAAACGCUCCAUAGGGAUCUGAAAAUCCCAUUCAUCAGGGAAGUCAUCAUGGAAAGAAGUUGCAAACACCAUGCUAGGCUUAGCGACCAUCCAAACCCACUGCUGCCAUCGCUAUUAGAUCCCACUGAGACCAGGAGACUGAAAAGGAAAUUGCCACUAGACUUGCAAGACUGAGGUGACAUCGUUGGAUGUCUGCUUCAUCCCGUCAUGAGGUACAACUACUUAAAAAUUGUACCAUCCAGCAAAUUAGCUUAUAGAAUGUACA